UGCACCUCUGCGUUCGCCCGCGGCUCCAGAAAAGAUCCCCUCCGCCCCCGACCCCGAGGCAACAAGGGCAGCUCGCAUUUCGCCGCUCACCGAGCCCUCGAGGCGCGCUAUCCAUGGCCACGUACUACCCUUCCGGCGCCUCCGCGCUCCUGCUCCCCGUCCCGCGAACCCGCGCCGCCUUUCCGCAGAGGUUUCCCGGUCCGGCUUCCGGGAGGAGCUCUCCCUGUGCAGCUGUUCGGCCGCAGCGGAGGGGAAGGGGAGCGGUGGGCGUCGUGCGAGCAUGCUUCAAUCCUUUCGGGGACGAACGCAUCCUCCGGGAGGCCUUGAAGGAGCCAGUUGCAUUCAUGGGUGGCGUGUUUGCUGGCCUCUUGAGGCUUGACCUGAAUGAGGAUCCUCUCAAGGAGUGGGUAACUCGAACGGUAGAGGCUUCUGGAAUAGCUGAAGAGAAUAGUGCUGAGGAAUCAAAUGAGGGAGCUCAAAAUGAUGGACCCCAACAAAUUGAGAUUGAGUGAGGUGCAUUAGUUGCCUUUUGCCCUCCUUUACAGCCUUACUUGUAAUUUAUCCUGAAUAUUUGUAAUAUCUAAGCAAUAAAAUGGUUGCCCAUAUUUUUGUGUUUAUAGUACAGCUCUAAGUCAAA